UCUUCUCUCUGUUACCCGAGGGUCUCUCUCUUCUCUACUCUCUGCUCUCUCUUCUCUCUGUUUCUCUCUAACGGACUCAAAGGUCUCUCUUGUGGGGCUGGGAUAAGGGGCUCUCACAAACUCAAGGGUCUCUCUCUCUCUCUCUCUCUCUCUCUCUCUCGGGGAGUUGGGGAAAGGGGAAGGAAAAGGGAAGGAACUGAAGAGAAUCACAGUCAGGUAGCCAUGAAUGAUCAUCAUCAUAAACCACAGAAACCUCCAUCUGGGCGGACGAAUCUGGCAUCAUGUAUAGUGGCAACAAUCUUCCUGAUCUUUAUAGUGAUCGUGAUCCUUAUCGUCUUCUUCACUGUGUUCAAGCCCAAGGACCCUAAGAUCUCAGUGAACGCCGUGCAGCUCCCAACCUUCUCCAUUGCUAACGGGACCGUUAGCUUCACCUUCUCUCAGUACAUCUCAGUGAGGAACCCUAACAGGGCAGUGUUCACUCACUACGACAGCGAUCUGCAGCUCCUCUACUCCGGGAACCAAGUGGGUUUCAUGUUCAUCCCCGCCGGAACUAUCGACGCCGGUCGUACCAAGUACAUGUCUGCUACCUUCUCCGUUCAGUCUUUCCCUCUCAUGUCGGCGCCGGCGAAGACAACGACGACGACGACUUCUACGCCGCCGCCAGUGAAUACGGGGCCGACCAUCACCGACGGAAUCAAUGGGUUCAGGAUGGGGCCUACAUUGGAGAUUGAGUCGAGGAUGAGAAUGGCUGGUAGGGUAAGGGUUUUGCGCUUCUUCACCCAUCAUGUGGAGGCCAAAACUGGUUGCAGAGUAGCCGUUGCUGUCAGUGAUGGAUCUGUCUUAGGGUUUCAUUGCUGAUUUCUUCUUCUUCUCUCUCUCUCAAUUUUUGUGUUUUUGGGUCUUCAAUCUUGGUUUGAAUCUGUAAUUUGCUGGACUGGAGGAAUUGUAAAAACAAAAUAGGGAAAAAGAUUGGUUUUUUUUUUU